CGCUCGAACUGGCGCUGUGUCUGCCCACGCGCGCUCCCGGCCUGGACUGUGUGGCGCGCCCGACCGAGGUCACGCCGCCGGGCGAGGUCACGCUGCCGACCGAGGUCAAGGUCACCGUCGCGAUGUACGAGAUCCCGACGCCGGAGGUUCCGGCGUUUGACCCGACCGUGCUGAGCCAGAUGGCGCCCUUCUAUCAGAUGAUGCCCAACAUGCUGCAGUAUCAGCAGAUGGUCCAGACUGCUCAGAUGGCCGCUCCGUACCAGCUUCCGGCCACCAACGGCGAGCCGCCGGCCGCCAAGGCAGCCGAGCUCGCCAAGGAGGCGGCCCUCUCACCGCCGGCGGUCACCUCGCUGGCCAGCGGACAGCCGAACGGAGUCGAACCGCCGCCGACCACCGCCACGACUGCCCCGGAGUCUGGCGCGGAGCCGGCCGGAGCGGCGGAGGCGGACAGCCCGGCGCUGCCGGCCGCCAGUGCCGCCGGCACCCCUCCAGCAACCAAGGAGCAACCCAAAAGGCUGCACGUCAGCAACAUACCGUUCCGGUUCCGCGACCCGGACCUGCGAGCCAUGUUCGGGCAAUUCGGACCCAUACUGGACGUGGAAAUCAUCUUCAACGAGCGAGGCUCCAAGGGGUUUGGGUUUGUCACAUUCAGCGUCAGCCAAGACGCCGACAGAGCGCGUGACAAACUUCACGGACAAGUGGUAGAGGGCAGAAAAAUUGAGGUGAACAACGCCACCGCCCGGGUACAGACAAAGAAACCGGCCGCCACAGCGUUACCUAAUGCGGCUGCUCUGCGCGGAGCGGCCCUGCAGCGCGGCCGGGUGAGGGCGCUGCCGACGGCUGCGGCGGCGCCGUUUGCGCGUCAUCCGGCGCCGAUGACGGCGGCGGCGGCGGCGUCAGCGCUGCACGGAUAUACGCCACUCUACUAUGACCCGGCGAUGAUGGCCAACUCGGCUAUGGCUGCCCAGCUGCAGCCCGGCAGUGCGGCAGCGGCGGCGGCGGCGGCGGCGGCGGCCCAGGCGCAGCUGCUCAAGCCGCCGCCCCUCUCCACCGGCCAGCAGGCGGCUGGGGUGGCGGCCUACAACGCGGCGGCCGCGCGCGCCUACACGGUGGCUAUGAGCGGCCAGCCGACCCACCUGGCGACGGCGGCGGCGGGCGCGGCGCCGGCGGCGGCGGCGGCGGCCGGCACCUAUCCGGCGGCGGCGGCGGCCGCGCAGCAGGCGCAGCUCGUCCAGCAGGCUCAGCUGGCUCAGCAGGCGCAGCAGGCGCAGCUGGCCGCCCUCGGGAUCCCCACAUCGACUGAGUACGCGGCGGAUCCGUACCUGGGACACAGCAUAGGCCCGGUGGCUGGAUACGGCGCCACCAUGUACCGAGGAGCGUACAACCGCUUCGCCCCGUACUAGCGGCGCAGGCGGGCGCUGCACCUCGCUCCAGACAGGAGCAUUCUGUUGCUCACCGGUCGGAGUCCGCAGUACCGGACUGCCCGAAAUACUCAGCGCGACGGCAGAGAGGGCGCCGCCGACUCCCGGUCGCCGCGCGCGCCUGUGCAAGUAGAGAGGGAAGCGCCAGCCGCCGCGGUGAUGGGCUCUCGGGAGCGCCAGCCGCCGUAAAGAUAGGCUCGUCGUGGGAAGCGGUGCGGAUGGUUGGAUGUUGGAGGGGUUGAGAAGGCUCCGUUGGCGCUAGAAGGUACCGGAAGAGGCACGUUAAGAAGAGCGGAAGGUGCCGAAUGGGAGGGCUGAUGUGCGUGCUGGCAGAAGGACAAGUUUAGCGUGUAGAAAAGGGAGAGUGUCGCGAGUGAGAGAGAGUGGUAGAUGGCGCUAGGGACCCGUCGAGUAGUGAGAACUGCUGGCUCUCACGCCAGCUGUAGGAGACUGCAAGAGACAUGUAUGUGCGCGGGUGUGUGAGUGCUGUAUAAAUGCUGAUCGUGUUGUACAUAGUUGGCUCGGCGCCCGCGGCCCGGUCCUGGCCGCCGAACAGGCCGGGUCGGCCGGGCGGGGCCCCGUAGUUGACGGUGGUGCUGCGGGGUGUGUGCCGUACCACACCGCUCGCAGCGGUGGUUGGACGUUUAGAUCUGCCCUUUAAGCCGCCCGCACGUGCGUGCGUGCGAUCAGGAACAUGAAUUUUACCCGGGUCUGCUCGGAUUCCGAGUGGUUACAGUUUUACAUCGCAGAUUGGUUCAGUAUUUUACAUGUGUGCACCAUUCUUUUCGACGACUGUUGUUCUUUUCGUUACGCGUCAAGGGCUGGCGUGGUUUGGGGAAGAACAUGAAUCGCCCUAAAGCGGCUAUACUGGGUGUAAAACUAAAGCCAUCGCCAGCCCCUCUCGCUCGCGUCUGCCUCUUAGUUGUGCGACCGCGUUGGGCUGACGUUCGCCCGUGCUGCGUGUGGCGAUUCGUUAGCUUUGGUGCGCGUGUGCGAGUGUGUGUGUGAGCGUCAAACCUUGUACCUCGUCUCGCUCGCUCCGUGCGGUUAGCGAGCUGUUUUUUGUGCGGUCCGAACGCACAAAGGGGGUUCCGGGAUGCGACCGAAAUGCCCGGCGACUAAAAUAUAAUCUCGUCCUGGAAGAGCAGUAAGUAAGACGCUCUGGUCUCGGGUUGGUACAGCGCGGCGCGCGCGCGCCAAAGUCGGUGUUUUCGUGUGCCGGUGGGUGAGUUGAGCUGUAGAGCCUCGGCCGGCCGGCACCGGACCAAGCAGAGAGCGAGAGAGCGCCGAGUCGCCCCCCCCCCUCCCCACACCCUGUUCACUGCCCCACAGGCUCCCACAGCGGCCAGUAUGUUCCCCAGGGGUCGGCCGCCGACCCCGCCCCCGCCCAGUCCAAAGUCGUCCCGCUGCUGCCCGCCCGCGGUGGCGGCUCUGCUCUCCGCCCCUCCGCCCCUCUGUCCCCGCCCCCCGUCCUCUCGCCGGCUCAGAUCUGCUGCUGACAAUAACCGCGCGCUCGUAUCUCGUCCCGACCUCGACCCUGUUUCUGCGCUCGCGUCGCCGAUCAGCUGCUGCUCUGCGCUGGCGGCAUCCUUCGGGCGCCGGUUCGAAUCCGACCAGGCGCCGCGCUUUUCGUUAAAUGUGUUCGCGUUUGAGCUGCUAACGUGUCUGGCUUCGUCGGGUGUUGUGCUUCAGCUUUGGACAGAAUUUCUCCCUGGCGUGAAUGCGCUCGACUUUGUUUUGCCCCUGUCUCUCCGCUUGCCCCGUCUAAGUUUCAAUGUGUAUCUUCGAAUCGGCAUGGCGUCAAGGCGCCCCCUAUACUUGCCUGACAUCUUCAAUGUCGUGUACAAAAUACACCAAGUGUUGUAGGUAAUGUGUCUAAUGGAAUAAAAAGACCACUCAAA